AUGAACGCAAAAAUACUUUCACCGUUAUUUUUCAUUGUUUUAAUUGAAGUUUUGUUGAGCCAACGAUGUUCUGGCAAUCCUAAAUGGAUGGAACAUUUCAAAUAUGAGGAUAAUUAUUACAACAAUCAAACAUUAGAAGCAAUACAUAAGCGAUUACCACUAAGAGUAUAUUUUGACCAGGUUAAUGAAAACCAUCAAUAUAGAAAUCGCUUAUGGAGGGAUUGGUUUAAUACACAUAAAGAGAAAAUUACAGCUGAUUUAAAUAAUGUAGCGGAAAAAUCUAUUCAAAAUUUGGAAAAGGGUUGGGAAGAUUUUGUGAAAGAAACUGAACAUAAUAAAUGGUUGCAUUAUAAUGAUGACAUGAAAAAGGAAUAUAAAUGUACCGUGUAUCCACAAGCAUUAAAAUGGGGUGUAACGCGUUGGAUAAGCUGGUUUAAAGAUAAAGGAUUGGUUUGCUUAAAACAAGAUUUGCAUAAAUUUUUGUCCAAAUGUAGAAAGGAACACCAGCUUGAAAUGAAGGUAGUAUUGCAAAAAUGGCAUAAAGUUUAUUUAAAUGAAUGGUGUAAUCAACCAUGGAAACUCCGUGAAAAUUAUCAUUGCAAAAAAUGGGAAAAAUUCGGUUUAAUGGGUGAUCCAUACUAUAAUGUAAAAUCAUAUCAAUGGAACAGUUGGAUGGAAAGAACAAAAUGUGAACAUAAACAAUGGGUAGAUAAUCUUAGAGAUCUAGAAAAAAAUUGCCCCACGUGGAAUGAAUGGAAAAAGGGAAAAUGCUAUUUUUAUAAGUCUUGGUUAAAAGAGUUCACUAAACAGUGGAUAGCCAAUGAACAAUGGAAUACAUGGACUGAAGAAAGAAAAAAACAUAUUUUAUCUCAAGCGGGAAAAACAAAACCAGCGCAAAAGAAAACUGUCCAAAAGAAAUAA